CUGAGGGGAGCUCAAGGAGAGCGGCGGGCGCCGCCAUGCCCGGCCGCGUCGAGGUGCCCUCGCUCGAGGAGCUCGACGUGCGCGAGGUGAGCGUCAGCUCGGCCGUGCUCAAGGCCGCGGCACAUCACUAUGGCUCGCAGUGCGACCGGCCCAACAAGGAGUUCAUGCUGUGCCGCUGGGAGGAGAAGGACCCGCGCAAGUGCCUCCGCGAGGGCCGCCAGGUCAACGAGUGCGCCCUCGAGUUCUUCAGGAAGAUUAAGCUGAACUGUGCUGAGCCCUUUACUGAAUACUGGACAUGUAUUGACUACACCAACAUGCAGGAGCUUCGCCGAUGCCGCAAACAACAGGCCGUGUUUGAUAACUGCGUACUAGAGAAGCUGGGUUGGGUGAGACCUGACCUGGGAGAGCUCUCUAAGGUCACAAAAGUGAAGACAGACAGACCUAUCCCUGAGAAUGUCUAUCACUCUCGACCUAGGCCGGAGCCAAAUCCACCCAUCGAAGGAGAAUUGAAGCCUUCUCCAUUUGGCAGUAGGCUUUUCUUCUGGUCCUGGUAAAUUGGGCAGCUUGUACUGCAACUGAAAUGCAAAGAUACAUGACUUACAACUGUAAACAGUCAAAUAUGCGUUGAGUAUAGUUAUAAUGAUUAAAAAACCCAAACAUUUAUGCGGCUUACUUGACUUUCUUGAACAUACUUGCACAUCCUAGCAGCUCAAAAAAAGCUUGUCUGGGAUGGAGUAGAAUGUAGUCUGAGUCUUUAACUGCUUCAGACAAUCAGAAACUGAGAUAAGAUUUCUUGUGCUAAUUUUAUUUGCUUUUUAAGGAGCUUGUUGCUCCUGGGUUGAGUAAACUUUGAUUACAAACAAGUUGCUAAUGUUUUCCCUUAGAAUCUUCCAAUUGAUUAUUGUGUAUUUUAGUUCCAAGAAAAUCCUUCUGUACAGCUUUACCCUAAGACUUGUAUUGGAGCAAAAAUUUAAUCAAGUCUGUGGCUUUUGCUGUUUGUGGGGUCAAUUUUGUUUAUGACACCAGGGUCCUUGUUCACCUUACCCAUUGCYUGUUCUUCAUGUAGCUGGUUUAGCUGCUUCUAUUUUAUUUUUUAAACYGAGGAACGCAAACAGCUUUAUCAGAAACUUGCGUUAUGUUUUAGGCUUUAAAAAACAAAAGAUUUCUGGACAACGCCCUUUUCUCAUAAGCUAUCUAAGAAGGUGGCUUCUUAAGGGGUCAUGGCAGAUCAUUGCUGCUGUCUCACUGUCAUAAUGUUUGGUAGGAAUUAGAUCUUGUGUGUCUUUUAUAUCCAGUGGCAAGAACCAUAUUAAAAAGACCCUAAAAAAAGGGGCAAAUUAACUUGUUUUCACAAAACUGUGUGUGGUUGAGCUUGCUCAAGGCCAGGCUUGGUUCAGCUGUAGCYUGAACUAUGGCAGAGAUGUGACUUUGUUCCUUCGGUAGACCAGGUGUGAUACUGUAAAGAUWGACUGU